AUGUCUGCUCAAGAAAGCAACAACAGCUUCAAGCUUGAAAAUUUGUUCAACGUGAAGGAUAGAGUCGCUCUCGUGACUGGUGGAGGGUCAGGUAUCGGUUUGAUGGUCACUCAAGCUCUUGCUGUCAAUGGUGCCAAGGUCUACAUCACAAGUCGCACAAAAGAGAAACUAGACCGUGUUGCAGAGUUAUAUUCAAAAGAUAUUCCAGGCUCAAUUAUCCCGAUCGCCGCCGAUAUAACCUCGAAGGAUUCGAUCCAGAAGCUAGUCGACGAGAUCUCCUCAAAGGAGGGGGGCAAACUGCAUAUUUUGGUCAAUAAUGCUGGCAUUCGCUCGCCGACUCAAAACACAGAGCAAGAAGACCCCCAAGCAGUGCAGAAAGAGCUGUUCAAGAAUCAAAGCACGGUCGAAGAAUGGGAAGACGUGAUGCGAACCAAUGUCAGCCAGCUAUUCUUCAUGACCGCCGCUUUCCUACCCUUACUCUGUAAAGCAUCAGAAGAAACAUUCGGCUGGUCUAGCACUGUGGUCAAUAUCUCAUCGGUUUCAGGACUUGUCAAAUCUGCUCAGCACCAUUUCGCCUACAGCGCUAGUAAAGCAGCUGCCGUCCAUCUUACUAAAAUGUUAGCCCAUGAAAUCAUUUCCUCAAACGCCAAGAUUCGUGUCAACAAUAUCGCGCCGGGAGUUUUCCCAUCGGAAAUGACGGCUAAGGACAGCGAUGAAAAGCAAAAGAGCACGAUCCCGAAAGAAAAAUACGAAGGCAAGGUUCCAGCCAGACGCCCAGGAAAAGAUGAGGAUAUGGCAGGUGCUGUACUAUUCACUGUCUCAAAUCAAUAUCUCAACGGACAAACAAUUGUUGUGGACGGUGGGUUCUUGCUAGCAGCGGGUUCACUUUGA